AUGGCCUUCUCAGAAAAAACCCUUCUCCUUCUCCUCCUCAUCUUCUUCCUCUUUCCUCUCCUAAACGCCUCCUCACCCCCAAAACCUUGCCACACUUCUACAUGUGGAAAAGGGAACGUAGACGUCCGUUUCCCUUUCUGGCUAUCCUCCAAGCAACCUGAAUUCUGUGGCCACACAGGGUUCAAACUCUUAUGCACUGACCGUAACCAGACGGCCUUGGAGCUUCCUAACUCUGGACCAUUUCUAGUCCGAGAGAUCGAUUAUAGAAGGCAGCGAAUUCGACUCAGGGACCCGGAUAACUGCUUGGUUAGACGACUACUCAGCUUUGACUCUUCAGGGUCUCCUUUUUCUCUGUUUAUUCCUAGUAGCUACACGGUUUUGAUCUGUCCUAAGGACGAGAAUGUCGCACCAUCUUUCAGAUCCAUCCAGUGCCUUGGUAAUUCCACCUCCUCCUUCUUUGUCAUGCAGCCUGAACAAGUCAGUUUGAUGCCGACAUCUUGUCGUAUCUUCAAGAAAGUACGUGACGUACCUCCUCCGUUUCCAUUCCAUGGUGACAUAAGCCAUCAAGACAUGUGGCUCAAAUGGGACUCGCCGGAUUGUAGAUAUUGUGAGAGGAGAAGUUUGAGAUGUGGAAACAAUACCACAAGCCAAGUUCAAUGCUUCAGUUCUGUAAAUUCAGGACUACACAACACAAGCUUACAAAUACUAAAGAUUAUCUGCCUCUCUCUAAUGGGACCACUCAUCGCCUUGAGCUUCUGCGUCGGUCUUGUCUUGUGCAGUUCCGAGAGAGUCUCUUUCCAAAUACAACAUGCUAUGGCCGUAACACCGGAGCCACCAAGCAACGUCCAAGUCACCAUCACGAGGACGGGUCUCGAUGAGUCUACGAUCGAGUCUUACAAGAAAGUUGAGUUAGGUGAGAGUAGGAGACUCCCGACCGGGUCAAAUGAUGUUGUGUGUUCCAUUUGUUUGUCGGAAUAUGCAACCAAAGAGAGUGUUAGGUGUUUACCUGAAUGUGAACAUUGUUUCCAUGCUGAAUGCAUCGAUGCGUGGCUCAAGUUGCAUAGUUCGUGCCCGGUUUGUCGGAGCAAUCCCUCUCCCGCACGUGAAAGGUGCAACUAACUUUGCAUGUAUGAAUUGACUUUGUAACGUUUGUAUAUAUAAUUCGGUUUUUCUUGGAUUCUCAAAAAAUUA